CUCCAUUUUAUGCAGCGCCAUCACACGAGCAAAGUACGGUAUCUCAUUAUAAUGGAAACACGGCUUGGUGGAAAUGUUUGCAAAUAAUUAAUAAAUAAUCAGCUGAAAGUAUUUUUUGCUGAAUAUUGACUGUGUCGAUUGCUUAUUAUCGAUCAUGGCUGAGAUGGGGUUGCCUGGCCGUCUUGCUCUUUCGCCAACUAGAAAAGAAACUUCAACCAGAAUGGAGUAUCAAGAUGAACAACAUGAGUCCUUCGUUAGACGGGACUCGAUCGUCACGGCAGCCAGCAUCACCGGGGACGACUCCGGCCAACAAAGCACCUAUUGCGAAUGGAUUAACGUUCAGUUUAGAAUAAGAAUUGUUACUCUCCUGCGAUGGCGAUCACUCGCACAAAACCUUGGUUUUAAGGGAGAUGAUCAAAUGGCUUCAUAUUUGUUAAAUAUGUACUAUGAACAAAAUAUAGGAUCAACAUCUCGACAACAAAAGAGAGAAACACCUCAGAGGUCUGGAAAAGUGAAAGAAACAGUAGCUACUUCAUUACCCCAAGCUAACCUGGACAGGAGGGAAGUCAUACAGUGUGAAGCAUUGUCAAUACAGAGUCAGAAAGGAGAAAGAAUGCACUUAGAAUACCUUGAUAACAUGCAGGAAAGAGAAGGUCCUGCUCCAAGGGAUGGAUGGACUGAUGAUAGUGGUGAUACCCACGGUGAUGCGGUCGCUAGCAAGGAGAUGGAAGCUCGAUGGACUAAUGAUGGUGAUACCCACGGUGAUGCGGUCGGUAGCAAGGAGAUGGAAGCUCGAUGGACUAAUGAUGGUGAUACCCACGGUGAUGCGGUCGGUAGCAAGGAGAUGGAAGCUCGAUGGACUAAUGAUGGUGAUACCCACGGUGAUGCGGUCAAUAGCAAAGAAAUGGAGGCUCGGUGGACUGAUGAUGGUGAUGAUACCCACGGUGAUGCGGUCAAUAGCAAGGAGAUGGAGGCUCGAUGGACUGAUGAUGGUGGUGAAACCGACGGUGAUGUGGUUAGUAGCAAGGAGAUAGCAGCUCAUCCAUCAGAAGUAGGAGAACUCCAUUGCCUUAUAAAGCAAGAACCUGAAGACACCAAUAGUGAUGAUGACAUCACAAAUAAAGAUGAUACUAAUGGUCUCCAUAACAACGAGAUGGAGGUUCGUUCGUCAGGGAAAGGGGCACUCGAGUGUGUUAUUAAGGAAGAACCUGUUGAUAUUGGAGAAGAAGAUCCUGUGGACUUUAUCAAGAAAGAACCUGUCAAUGUGGAAGGAUCCUAUCUGCAUGAAGGACCUUCCUGCAGCACACAAGAUGAGAAUUCAAGCCAGCUGAGCUUCCAUCAAAGAUCAGAGAACAUUCAGGUAAUAUCAGGUGAUACAUCAUAUGACAGGUCACAUGACCAGGAGCAUCUGUUGGAAGAUUCAUCAGAUACUGUCAUUGGAAGUCAAUCAAGUUUAUCUGCCCAUGAUGGUCACUCACGUGGCUCUGGUUUCUUAUUAAACGUGGAUUGCUCUCAAGGAUCAAGCUCUUCUGAAGUUGUUUCUGAAGCCAAUAGUUUUCUCUGUUCUGUCUGCAAAAUGGUGUUUGAAAACAGACAUGACUUGUGUAAGCAUCUCAAACAUACACAUGGAGUAGAAAAGCCGUAUGACUGUACCCUUUGCAGAAGAAGUUACAAGUUUCGCUGUGAACUGAAGAGACACCUUAAAGGUCAUACUGGCGAGAAAUGUCGUUCAGGAUCAAGUUCUUCUGAAGUUGUUUCUGAAGCAAAUACUUUUCUCUGUUCUGUCUGCAAAAAGGUGUUCAAUGAAAAUGAUGGAUUAUGUAAGCAUCUCAAAUUUAUUCGUCGAGUAGAAAAGCCUCAUGAGUGUACUAUUUGUUCAAGAAAUUUUAAGUUUCGCUGCGAGCUUAAGAGACACCUAAGAGAUCAUAAAGGAGAGAUGCGGCAUGCAUUUUCCUCUGGGGAUAAACGCAUCUGGGAUAUGUACAAGCUAAAUGACCUUAUGGCAGUCCGCAUGUCAGGAAAGAAACGUUUUACAAAAGAGAAGCAGUUUCAAUGUUCAUUCUGCAGUAAGACGUUUACCGGAAACUCAUCCCUGAAUCGACACGUAAAAUCCCACAUGGAGGGAAAACCAUUUCAGUGCACAGACUGCAGUAUGAGGUUUCUCGAUGCUAGCGCCCUCGCUAAGCACGCAACAAUGCACUCUGGAGAGAAACCCUUUGAGUGUUCUAUAUGUGGUAAACGCUAUGCUAAUAAGUAUCACUUUGCUGAUCAUAUGAAGCUUCACACUGGUGAGAGACCAUACGCUUGUCCAAUGUGCGAGAGAAGAUUUAUUAGAAAAGCAGAUAUGAAAAGACAUGUGACGAUACAUACCGGAGAAAGACCUUAUGCUUGUUCUAUGUGUCCUAAGAGGUUUAGGAAUAGGAAUACAUUUGUUCUGCAUUAUGAAAAGACACACAGAUACUAACUGAAGUACAUGUGUAGACAGUGAUUUUUCUGUUUCAAAAAGUAACUAGUCUUUUCCAUUUCUGAAAAACUGUAAUGGAAAUUCUGUUUUGUCAGUGCUGAAAAUGUACACAGCAAACACCUGAAUUAUGUUUUGCAAAGGUGAAUUCCAUGAAUUUUUACAUGAAAAGUAUAAAAACCAAACAGAUUUUUCGUUUUAUUUACCGGUAAAACGGAAAAUCACUGUCCCAGGCUUCAUUAAAUGAAGUCUGGAAAUCUUUGGGAAAGGCUCAGAAAUCUGAACUGUACUCAAGUAUCAUCAUACAGCAUCCCAAUAUUACAAAUUUGUAGUGGU